UUCUAUGAAUGCAGCGGUAACUCCAGAAGAUUUUGCUUCUGAUGCAGUGGAGUCUGGAAAGUCUGAUUCGGAAGACAUUCACUAUUCAAAUAUAUUAGUGAUCGAACCCGGCUCGAAAAACUUAAAGUUCGGAUUGGCUCAUUCUGUUUUUCCCCACGUGAUUCCCCAUGUCUUGGCCAGAAGACUGCGCACUCCUCGUUCUUGCGCUUCCGCACUUCUUGAAAGAAAUGGAGGAAGAAUAGAGGAGAAUAAAGGAAAUAACCACAACGAAUUAGAAAAAAAUUCUCAAGAGAAAGAACUUCAUGAGCAAACCGUUAACUUCAUUAACGAGAAUUAUAAGUUCAAGCCAGGAUUUAGAAAACCUCCUUUCAAUACUGCCAACAUCACGGCGUUUAAUAUGAGCUGCCAUCCGGAAACAGUUCCGCAUCACUUGGAUGACCUAGAGGUCCCGUGGGUCGACCUCAAGCAAGAGGGCCGCCCCGAGCUACUUGUAGGUGAAGAGGUCUUUCUGAUUGAAAACGACGACUAUUAUGAAACGGUGUGGCCCAUUAAAAAAGGGAAUACCGACAAAAGCCGGUCGGUCGAGUUUCUCAGGAUGACGCUCUACCAACUCUGGACUAGAGCGUUUCAAAAAUACCUAAAUCUCAGUGCAAAAAACUUGGAGGAGUACCACGUGGUCCUUGUUGUCCCCAAUACGGUCACCAGAAAGCACGUGAAGUUGCUUUGCGAGGUCGUCAUGGACAUGAUGAGGUGCCGGGCUGUCCUCGUGCACCAGCAAGCACUCUGCGCCACGUUUGGGGCGGGUGUGCCCUCCGCAUGUGUGGUUGACAUCGGCGCAGAGACCACAUCGGUGUGCUGCGUGGAGGACGGGAGUAUCGUGGCUUCCAGCAAUCACAGACUCGACUACGGAGGCGACGACGUUACUCGUGCUCUCUACUACUUUUUGUCCGGGAUUGGCUUUCCAUACGCGACCUGCGACCCGGAUAAUCGACUGGACUGGUGUCUGCUCGAUGAGAUAAAGCAGCAUCACUGCCAUCUUAACGAGAACGCUAUAAGAACAGAGAUCCGUCAUUUUCACGUGCGGAGACCAAAUAAAAAGACGCAAAAGUACAGCGUUAAGUUUGCGGAGGAAGUUUACCGCUCGGCAUUGGUGCUUUUUCUGGGGACUGGACACCGCCUCUUAGCAGAACCCGUUGGGGAAGUGGACCACGAGGAUAUCCUCGAGGAUGGGUCGCUUGGCGCUUUCCACGCGCUGAAAGGAAAUGUGCUGAGCUCCAAAAAAGAGGAGCUCGUCGAGGGCAAACCCACUUGUUACUACUGCAAGCAUCCCCUAUGCCGGCAGAACUUUGAAAGCCUUCGUUCCCUGAGGAGCCACAUGAAGCACAAGCACGUUAUAAGGACGGAGGAAGGCUACUUCUGUGAUUGGGAGAACUGCGCCCGCUACAAGAAGCCGUUCGCCCACAAGCCAUCUAUCAUCUCGCACCUGAAGAUCCACAUGCCCGACUCCGACAUCUUCCAGCCAUCUGCUUUGCACGCGGAGAGCCACAGCGAGCAAACAGCUCGCCACGAUGAUCGACAAGAGGCUAAUGUUAAAACACCGUCCGACCCCCCCGUUGACUUGGAGUCCACCAUAUGCUACUGUUUACAACGCUUGUCGGACGACUCCAGAAAGAAACUGCAAGGCUGCGUGCUGCUAUCCGGCGGAGGACUUCUCAUCAGAAACUUUGCUGAGGCGCUCCAGGCGAGGUUAAACAGGGCUCUUGAGGGGGACCACGUGGCAACCGUUGUACAUUCGAGGGACAUCGAACCGCCUAUUCUAGCGUGGAAGGGAGCCUCUAUUCUGGCUCGCUUAAACCACGCGGUUGAUCUGUGGGUGCCGGCCGAGAAGUGGAAGCAAAGGGGUCUAACAGCUGUCCGGGAGGCGUCGCCCGUUGUAUUUAAUGCUUAA